ACCGCGAGUCAUGGCGUCGCGACAGCUGCUGCAGGCGUGUUGUUGUCGCGCUCGCGUUUAGUUCUAGACUUCUAGUUCCGCGCGCGCGUCCACUUAUCAUCGUAUAUUUCUUUCUUUUUUCCUCCUUCCUUUGUUAGUUUUCACGUCUCUCUCCAAUACAAUAACAUCAGAGCGCAUCGGCAGCGGCUAAGUGGACGAAGUAGUAGGGAGUGAGUCGCGGAGAAGAAGGAGCUAUUGUCGCGAGCUGAUCUCGUUGUAUUGUCGCCGUCGUCGUCGUCGGAACGAUUUUGGCGAUGAGACAGUGCCGCUCAUCCGUUGCUGCUUGUGCUCUGGAGUUUGGUGACGCGCGCAAAAGGCCACUUCAACGUAGUUACAGGAACCUGCUGCAAAGAUAAUUAUACAAUCCAAGUCAUUUGUUAAAUGGCUUGUGAAUUGCAUUUAAAAUUUUUAUCAUAUCUUUUGUCAUUGCUGAAAAACUGAAAGCAUAAAUCCUGCAAGAAUACUUUGACCAAAACUUCCUUAUAUACAUAAACUCAAGAGUCUGAAAUAGUAACGGAGCUCUUCCAAGAUUCAACACAAUGGCUAAUCCAGGCACGGUUGUAGCACACGUAGCUAAGCUAGUUAUUACCAUAGCUUGUAUGAAAUUCUUCAAGGAUUCCUUUUCCCUUCGAGUGACCGAACAAAGCUGGGCUGUUCGUGCCCUUCAGAUUCUCCUUGUGCACUCCAUUCUGGGCAUCUUCAGAUAUGGCGGCUCGAGCACCACAAAGCGCUUCAGAAACUUUUACGAGCUGUUUACGAGCAUCAUAGAGGUCGUGCCUUUUGCCUUCUUCACCACGGAGGUGCUGCUGAAGUAUCGCGUACGCGAGGAGUUGCGCUUCCUCCUUCUCGCCUUGGCCUUGUCCCCGAGCGUGAUUGAGCUCAGCUCGUCCCGAAUCAAAGACCGCUCGAAGCUCUCUAAAUUUACCAACAUUAUCUUCGGGCUGCAGUCGGCCGCGCUGAUAAUCGUCUGCCUACUCAACGAAAAUUAUGGGGGACUCAGUCUCGCUGCAUCGUUCGCCGUUUCCCGGUACUUCUCCGAGGACUUCUGCGACCACUACGAAGUGCCCUACGCUGAUCUGUCCCAGUACAGUCUGGGCUUCGUCGAGAUCUUCGCCCUCGCUACGCUCAAGGAUAUCUAAGGUCAUGAUCUCGAUUCGAUUGCUGUAGAUUUUAGACGGAGAUAUACGAAAUAAGGGAAACGGAGUCGCCUUACAAGCUUGAAAAAUCAAUGUUUAUGAAGUUUCGUGGGGAGGGGCUGUCGCGUCGACGGCCGGAGAAAAAUGUUGUAGUUUUUAAAGACGUUUGGCGUUUUUUAAUGAUUUUUUUUUUUCAAAGGCCUACGUAUUGGAUAAGACGUACUUAAAUACUUGCGCGCAAAAACUACAAAAUUUGUUGCUCUGCAUAAUACUUAAAAGUUCUGAUGAAUGUACCAACUCUACUGCUAAAUUUUCGAUAGCGCGAGAGAGCCGUUAUUUGUUACUUCAACUUUACCGUGUAUAUAUAUAUAUAUAUAUAUAUAUGUCGAAAUUUGGUAUAAAAGUAUGCAUAAUAUCGAUGUGCGUUUGAUUUUUCAAGGUUUUUGACUUUCAGACAAUUUUAUCAAAGACCAAAGAGACUUAUGGGUAGAUGAGAACAUAAGCAAAAACCGGUGAUCACGGGUUACUUAAAAGAAAAGGGAAAAAAAGUAGCGAGUUAACGCAAGAAUCAUAUAUAUAUAUAGUAACAUGAGGGAGAAACUGUAGCUUUGUAGUAAAAAGUUCAGACCUAUAACGAAAGAAGUUCGAUAAUCUUCCAUUUGUACCGACUUUUCUCUGCGUUGCCAUAUAUAGAACCUACGAUAGGUCCGAGAAUAAGAUUUAUAUAUUAGGAAAACGAUGCGAGAUACUUCCUUGAGUCAAUUUCAAACAAGUUAAUGAAAAUGAAUUAGAUGAACAAUUAGAGAAACCCCGUCGAAUAGUUGAGGAAAUAGAGUACGCCCAUAGAUCUUUCACGAAAACCAAAGUCCGAUAUAAAAACAUGGCAGUUGUAGAAGUUUUGAUCGGCCGAUGUAGGGAAAAGUUUAUUAUUGGUUUAGUUUUUUCUAUCAGUAGCGUUAUUCGAGAUGAAAAACGGAGAAAGAUUUUAAGAGGCCAGAGAAACUUUAUACAUCUAGAAUAUAUAGAUACAUCGCUGCAUUUCCGUACCUUUUACAAAGUACAUAACUGGCUUUAUUAGCUAUACGACUUAUUACCGGGAUACGUUUUUUAAGUAGGAGUUUCUGAUUAAAACGUUUGAAGCAAUUAUUUUACUCUGAUAGUCGUUCGUUCACGUACUGUCACGAGCAUUUUAAUUAGCGAAUUAAAAAAAGAAUAAACAAUAAUAAGGAAAUAAUAGUUGUAAAGAGAAGCCUAAUACAUAAUAAUUUUUUAAUUGCAGUUUUCAAUGAAAUUUCCUACUUAGAACAAUGUACUAUAAUUAUUAGUCUAUCGGAUAAUUAUUAUCAAUACGACUAACCAAGAGAAAUAAUAUACUGUUACCAUGUUUGCAGAUAUUUAUUAUAUUCGUACUUUUGUAUCUAUACAAAUUGUAUAAGACUCUAUGAAUCAUUGACAUAUACAGGAGCUCUCCCCCCAAUUAUUAUAUAUACGGCAAUUACAUAGCAGAUCGUAUACAUACGUAUAUUAUACAGUUAAAUGUUUUAUCUAUUUUUUUUAUACAAUUUUUUGCUUUUAUAUACUCUAUAUAAAUCAGUAUAAUUUUUGAUUUACUUUAUAGAAACAUGGCAUAAUGAGUAUGAAAAGACGUAUAAUUUUGUUGAAAUGUCAGUCGCCGCUUACAGUACGACCAACGUUCUUUACGAACUAUAAAUAUAUAAUAUGUGUGUAUAUAUAGUGCGAUAAAUUUAGGAAAAAAUUGGUUUACAGACGAUUCAAUACAAAACUGUGAUAAGAGCUUGAAUUACUUAGAAGAUUUGCUUAAAAACCUUAUUUUUGUUUACUUAAAAAACGAAUCGUUCGAUAUCCGCAAACUUUCGAUGGUCGAAAUUCUUCCAAAGGCACGUACAAGAAUGCCCGCAUCGUACGCCGGUAAACGGAAUUUCCCAGCCCAUAUAGCUUGAUUGCACCUCAUAAACCACAGGACAACACCCCCAAGCGCUGCGCCGUUAUGCCUUAGAAGUGGGUCCUGCAAAUUUUCCCUGGACUGUCAUUGGCGAUCGGCCCAAAGUAAUGCCGGCUUCAUCCCUACCACCAAGUGCUCGUCGGAUGGGCUACAAAUGAUCCCGUUGGCACGGUCUUGUCAUCAGUACUCCAGAAAGCACAGAACCUAACGCAUCCAACGCUCUUGAUUCUGCCGAGAUUAUUCAGCUGAGUCUCGCCGAUUACUAAGUUCGAGUUUGUGAAAGUUUGAAAGUUACAUCCCGCAGUGAGAAUAUGUCUGACGUAAACCACAACGCCGCUCAGGACGACGCCAUCCUCUUGCAUCUGGCGGUGAUCGAGGAGAACGAGGACGUGGUGAAGUUUCUCCUGAAACACGCUGUCCCGGUGAACAGUCGUGCCGUGAACAAGCAGCUGUCCCUCGAGUUUGUCACCGACACGGAGCACCAGAAGUACGUCAACUCGAUCCAAGGCAAAGAAGAGCUCGACGACCAUGACCUGGAGUUCAACAUCACCAAGACCACGACGGCCCUUCACCUGGCCAGCCGCAACAAGAGCAAGCAAAUCGCCGAGCUUCUACUCCAGCACGGCGCAGAGAUAAACUCCGAGAUGGAGGGCGGAGAGACGCCGCUGAUAAUCGCCGUGAUCUUCAUGAAGCAGGAGAUCGUCGAGCUCCUAGUCCAAUGCGGCGCCGACGUGAACGCCAGCACCGCCUGGGGAAAGUCCGCUCUGCACUACGCUGCUCAGACCGGGCAGAAGAGCACGCUCGAGUACCUGCUGAAACACGGCGGCCACGUGAACGCCGCCAACCUCGAGGGCCUGACUCCGAUGCACAUCGCAGCCGAGGCCGGUCACAAGGAGCUCGUCGCUGUGCUUCUGAAAAACGGCGCCGACAUAAACAUCAAGAGCAAGAGCGGCGCUACGGCUCUUCACUUCGCCGUGGUCAUGGGCCACAAGGAGGUCGUCGAGCUGCUCGUCGGCAGCGGCGCCGACAUCAACGUCCUCAUGAAACAGGGCGCCCUGGACUUGUCGCCCUUCAGCUGGAUCACCGAGAACGAGGAGAAGAGGGCCUGGGAACUCGUCGCCCAGUACACGCCCAAGAUGAGCAUCGUCAACUGGUACAACACCAUGGUGACCAAGCUGUACCGUCGCAACAAUAAGGACAGGAGGAGUGUUUUUCGAUCAACCGAGUCCUUGCAGGAGAAAAAGUAGUCAAUGCGAGAGCGGAAACCUCAAAGACCUGAUUGGAAUAGCGCAGAAGAGACCCGCGAUGUUUCGGAAAAUCGCGCAGAGAAAUGAGUGUCUGCUCUUGUGGGGUGACAAAUUCAAGUGCCGGACGAUCUGCAUGAUUAAGUGAAUUUUUUUAUGGCUGGUUAUAUUAUUGACUUUCAUUAUUGUCACGGGCGAGCGAGUGAGAUUGUGCGAGUGUUUUUUUUUCUUCAAAUUAUGUUGUAUGCGAUAUGCGAGCGCGCGAUAGUAUUAUAAGUUUUCGUACGAAUAUGGAUGAAUGUUGCGUUUAUUUUUAUUAAAAAUGCGUCCUUAUAUGCUUUAAAGAUUUUUGUGAAAUUUUGGUACUUACAUAGCGAACGAAAAUGUAUCCACAAAAGCAAAAAAAACGAUAAUUUUUUGUACAUGUUCACACUUAUAGCGAUAAUGAUAAUGCGAAUAAAACAAAAUUAUAUUUGUAAAAAUACACA